AUGCAACAGUGGAUGAAUACACGAUUGGCUGUGGUAACUAAGGAACGACUCGAUUUGACAUCGCACCAACUUUCCAUGCGUCACAUGGAUUUGGUCCACCGUAAUAUCAUUCUCAUGGCCGACUCCUCGAUAUGCUUUUUAGACUGGGCCUUCGCCGGAUUCUACCCAGAGCUAUUCGAAAUACGAUACCUUCGAGACCUCCUUCCCGUGGAUCCUGUCUGGUUCUCAUUCUUGCUAGAGCAAAUGCACCUACCUACGCCCGACGAAGAAGAAGUAUUGUCUCUACUAUCCGUCCCGGCAGCUGUCAGCGAGCGCUAUUUGUAUGUUCCCCAGAUUCUUAAUCAACCAAUAUUAAUUGAACUAGUUUUGACAAUACUUGAGCGUCGGUCUGGCUUGCUGGCCUCCUAG